AUGGCUCCUUUCGACCGAAACGACCAAAAGCAAUCUCUACUGCCAAACAGUGACGCGGGACUCAUAGAUGCCAACGUCGAGCAACGUUACGUCAAGCAUAAACGUCGUCAACUUUUCAACACAUGGAUAGCAGUAGUAACGACUGGCGUGGCCUGUUUCUUCGCCACUCGUGCCUACUACAUGCAUCCUUCGUGGAUCGAGCGCAUAGCAGCGGCACAGCCUUACUCUCCACUGUACAAUGGCUUCCAGCCACACGUCGAGAAGGUUGUUCUCGGCGGCGAUCUUUGCAACAUCUAUGAACAAGAACCAUCAUCUGCCGUUGACGAAGCAUGGGAAGCUCUUUCGACAGCCAAGUACAUGUUGGUGUCAGAGAAGGAUCUCAUCAAGAUGCACGGAUCAAUAGACGCGGCCGUGGAAUGGCCAGACAGUCUUGGCAACUAUCUUGUGGAGUUCCAUGCCUACCAUCUAAUUCACUGCCUAAACGUGUUGCGGAAAAACGCAUAUCACACCUUUCCAUACUAUUUUCAGGAAGAGCUCUUGAACCCCAUACAUUGGUCUCACUGGACUCAUUGCCUCGAAACCAUACGGCAAGAGCUGUUGUGUAUGCCGUCCAUGCAGCUGAGUCGCAUGGUGUGGCAAGAAGGCAACGGUGCGCCCUCACCAGAAUUUCGCACCAACCGAAUGUGCAUGCGGUGGCAAGAUUUCGAUGCGAUGGCUACGGAGAGGUGUGUGCCUGCAGAGGUGAGUGACUACUUAACCACGCUGUGUGGGGGUUGA